UUUCCUUUCAGAGCCCGCUGGUACCGCGUGUCGUAAAGCACGCUGAAGAAAGAGACCGUGAAGAACGGAGGGCGGUUGGUUUUGGGAAGAGCUCCGAUGGCGUCGCAAGCGGCGAGGGGUCGCCGUGGUUUCGAUGGCAAUCUUUCCUUUUCCCUUCCCCCUUCCUUGCCUCCUGGAAGUCCUAAGCAUACUUGUCCAGGUCGCCUCCGAUUCCAUUGACCAGCUUGUAAAAGAGGAAUAAACAAAAGAAAGCAUAAGAUGCGUCGCUGGCUAUGCUGCUCUAGUCGCUUUUCUGGUUCGUUCCAUGGUUAUGACAAGGAUCUCUUGCCAACUGAAACAGAUGACAUGUAUGGAAUGCCAACAAGUUCAGAAUACUCUGCCGUUCCCAAAAGUGAUCCCCUAGAGCCACCACCUCCAAUUGAAGCUUCUGUAUUCACAUUGGAAGAAUUAAAGGAGAAGACUUAUAAUUUUAAUUCAGAGGCUUUGAUAGGUCAAGGAUCAUAUGGAAGAGUGUAUUUUGCAGCUUUGGAUGAUGGAACGCAAGUAGCCUUAAAGAAACUUGAUUCUACGGCAGAGUCCAAGACCAAUACUCAUUUUCUGUUUCAGGUAUCUAUGGCUUCAAGGUUGAAGCAUGAAAACUUUGUGGAAUUGCUGGGUUAUUGUGUUGAAGGAAAUUUCCGCUUGCUGGCCUAUGAAUUUGCAGCAAUGGGUACUUUGCAUGAUAUCUUGCAUGGUAGAAAGGGACUGGAAGAUGCACACCCUGCUCCACCACUUGACUGGAUGCAGCGCGUGAGGAUAGCAAUUGAUGCUGCAAAAGGGCUGGAGUAUCUUCAUGAGAAGGUUCAACCUUCUAUAAUACAUCGGGACAUUAGAUCAAGCAAUGUACUUUUGUUUGAGGACUUUAAAGCCAAAAUUGCAGAUUUUAACCUCUUAAAUCAGUCACCUGAUAUGGCUUCUCGUCUCCAUUCAACACGCGUCCUUGGGACUUUUGGUUAUUAUGCCCCAGAGUAUGCUAUGACAGGCCAAUUAACACAGAAAAGUGAUGUGUAUAGCUUUGGUGUUGUACUUUUGGAGUUGUUGACUGGCAGGAAGCCAGUUGAUCACACAAUGCCUAGAGGGCAGCAGAGUCUAGUUACUUGGGCAACUCCUAGAUUAAGCGAGGAAAAGGUGCUAGAAUGUGUAGAUCCAAGAUUGAAGGGAGAGUAUCCACCAAAGGCAGCUGCAAAGCUUGCUGCAGUGGCAGCUCUGUGUGUGCAAUACGAAGCUGACUUCCGUCCUAAUAUGAGCAUUGUUGCUAAAGCACUCUCUGCUCUUGGUAAUAAAACGGCUCCUCGACCAUCAGCAAUAGCGCAAACUCCAAAUUCUUGAUGACUACAAUGGGUGAUACUCCACAAAGUUCUGCGGUAUCGUUGUGAUUCCAUGCUGCCUGUCCACUUGUAUUGUCAGAGAGAGCUAACUCCAAUUGUGAAUGUCGCAAACAUACAACAGUGAAAAUGUGUACAAUAGCAAUGCUACCUUGCGUGGUUGUGUUAAUUUAUAUAUGUUUUGUGGUCAUAUCUAUUUGCUAUACUCUAAUGCUACGAA